UGCUGGCGUGGAUGCGCAUUGGUGCACUUGCUUGAACUGGAAAAGCGCCAUGAGCACUAACGAAGACAGAGAAUUGUCACGGAAGCUGGCUGUUGCUGUUGUAGACGUCAUUAACAGACAACUAAAAGACGUAUCCCAUCUAUGUGCCAAGCUUUUCUUACGAGAGCUUCUUGAUGCGAAGAAACUGGUAUCGAACGAGGAUUUGCUGAAAUACAAAAACGUAAAGGAUAAGGACGGCUUUGUCCCGGAUUUGAGUGGUGACACGAAGACUGCUUUCGCUCACUACCAAAUCAAACUCCUAACCAAGCCCGGAAAUGCAAUUUAUGAGAAAAAAUGCAAAACUGCUGGGCGACAACAGGACUCGAACCCUGUUGAUUCACCAGCAAACCGCAGUCUUCACCACUACACCACGCCGCCACAACGUAUACGCCGUGCCGCGCCUUAA